CGAUACGGUGCGUGUGCAUGUUCAUUGUAGAUGCACCUCCAUAAGGUACGCCGACGGACGGGUGUGUGAGGAAAAAAAAUGAUGAACGGUACCGACAGGAAAAUGGAGAAAGCUUCGGACAAGGUCUUUUUCUCGUCCUACGCGAGUGUCAACAUUCACGAAAACAUGGUUCGGGAUGAGAGCAGGACCCAGGCCUACAGAAAAGCCAUCAUGCAAUGCAGUGACCUGAUCAAGGACAAAGUGGUCGUAGAUAUUGGUUGUGGAACGGGAAUUCUGAGCUGCUUCUGUGCAAAAGCCGGCGCCAAGAGAGUGUACGCCAUCGACGCUAGCUCGAUUAUCGAGCAGGCGAAGCUGGUCGUCAAGGAGAACCACCUAGAGGGCGUGGUUCAGCUGAUCUCCGGCAAGGCUGAGACCGUGGAUUUGCCCGAGAAGGCCGACAUUUUAGUCAGCGAAUGGAUGGGUCAUUUCUUGUUGUUUGAGGGGAUGCUUAAUUCUGUUGUGGUGGCAAGAGACCGAUUUCUGAAGAAGGGCGGUCUCAUUCUGCCCUCCAAGUGCACGUUAUUUGUUGCGCCCAUGGACUGCAAAAGGAUGUACGAUAGAAGGAUUACAUUUUGGUCUAGCACCAAGAAAACCUAUGACCUGAGCAUGGAAUGCAUGAUCCCCUUUGCUAAGAAGAACCUUCUGAAUUCUGUGCGCAGAGAGGACAUUCCAAGUGACACCGUGAUGGAUCCAGGCCAGCCGUUUUACGAUCUUGACAUCAACACUGUCACCAUCGAGGACCUGAACCGUGUCGAGGGGAGCUUCCAGAUGACAUGUGACCGGACCACCAAUCUCACCGGGAUCGCAGUCUGGUUCGAUGCGUACUUUGAGGCUCCGAGCAAGGAUACCGUGGUGCUGUCAACUUCACCAUUCUCUCCCCGAACUCAUUGGAACCAAGCUGUCCUGUACCGUGAAGAGGGUCUUCCAGUCCAGAAAGGUGACGUCAUCAAGGGCAGUAUGACGAUCACUCCAGCCGACAGGAAUGAGAGGCACUUGGAUGUCAAGCUGAGCUACCAGGUCGGAGAUGGUCAACCGGAGGAAAAGAUAUACAACACUUGGCAGACCCCGGGGCCUGUCGAGAUGUAUUAGACCGCUAGAGGUCGCACUUCAAAAUGACCAGAGCCCUGGACUGCUUUGCAGUGUGCAUUCUGGCUUAUCGCCGUAUAGGGCACAGUUUUGGGCAACAACUUACCCAUCAACCAUAGAAAGUCGUUGCUGCAGACCAGUCAAUAAAUUCCAACGGCUGCUUCAGAAUAUACAUGUAAUUCAAUAACAGUCCUGUCAGGUAUUUCAUAAUUUUGGUUUUCUGUUUUUUGAUGUUUGCAAAUUUGUAUAUUCCCUUUAAGAACAUUUUCUAUAUUUUGCGAGAUAAUUUCGAUCUUUAUAUAGGUUUAUACCUUGUCCAAAUCAUGUGUACUCCUUCUGGGAUACUUUCCAUGCAAAUUCGUCCUUAUAUAAAAACCUGUUAGAAUUUGAUAUAAUGACUUACAUCGCUAUGUAUUCUUGUAUUGGUUCAUCGGAGCUUUAAAUUAUGAUUGGCCUAUUGUAUUUGCACCAAUAUUUUUCUAAUAUAGUAUUACCGUAGCCAGCAUGAAUUUAUAUGAGAAGUAUAUAAGUGAAUAUUUAUUCAGGGUUGUCAGUCAGUUACACUGUGCAGAGUUUGUCGGUCAAAUAAAAGUGGUAAUAAUCCACCUAAUCAAAUGAUG